CUCAACCGGCUAUCGACAUAUCGCUCUUCGUCAGGCUUGGUGUAGUUGUGCCUCCUACGAGCGAGGCCGCCACAUCACUGUCCAUUCACAUUCUUGCGGAGCUGAAAAACAUUCUCUCAUUUUACUUCUCACUUCUACGGAGGACGGAACUGUCAGGCGACAUCAAAGCCUCACUCCUCCCCAAUGUAGGAGAGUCUGCCAAAGAUGCGUCGCCUGAAGUUUCGUCAAUCGAAGAUGUCGAGAGCUCAACAAACCAACCCAACGCGUACCCAAUGGUACAACCCAUGAAGGCUGCGCUUUACUUCGAAAACGCGGAUGGGUUCGGGGAGUGGCGGAUCCUCAUAUCUACCGAGGCCUACAAAAAUUUGCGUGAAUUCCGUAGAGCAGAUGAGAAGAUAUUCAGGAUCAUCGUCAAGAAGAUCAAACAACUAUCGAAUGGUCAUUUCUCAGAUGAUAACCACAAACGGCUCAAUGGGCCGGAUGCAGGCAUACCUAUCCACGAAGCCAAGAUGACAAGGGACCUACGAUUGGUAUACCAAAUUGAUUGUGUCCCUGACCAGGACGGAGAGGUACGUCUAAUCAAGGUAUACGGCAUCUAUACGCACGCUCAGCUUGGCAGAAUAUGGGAUGCCUUGGGAAGCCAUCUCGCACGCAAGGGCAAAGAGUAUCGUAGAAGGUGCAUAUUUCGGAAUAGACCAGCCCUUUCUAACGACAGCGUGAUUUUGCCGGCGUCAUUCCCGCCGGCGGAACCUGAGUCAGAAUGCUCAGGGAGCCCACUUAAUCUUAGUGAUAAGGACAUGGACCGCCUCCACUCUUUGCUUGUUUUGGAGAAAUACGUCACAUUCUCGCAAGCGUUCCUGCAUAGUCUUAUCGCAAACCAAGACGUACAGCACGUCUUCAUACUCACGCCUCAAGAACAAAAGAUUGUCGAGUGUACCACGUCGUGUUAUGUUUUGGGUCGCAGCGGCACGGGAAAAACCACGACGAUGUUGUUCAAGAUUCUUGGCAUUCAGCGAGCUUGGGAGAUGAGUGCCGUCGACAUGCCAAAGCCACGCCAAAUCUUUGUCACCAAAUCCAGAGUGCUCGCCACGAAAGUGGAAGAGUAUUUCACGAAGCUUCUCGAAUCUCUGGCGCUAGCAGGCUAUACCCUGCAGGAACUUGCGAAAAUGAAGGCACAAACACAAAGUGUUCAGGAGGGCCUUGUUGACCUCGACGACCUGCCCGAAUCACAGAUGAAUAUACCCAUGAAAUAUAGUGAACUUGAGGACAAGCACUUUCCUUUGUUUGUGACUUUCGAUCGACUGGCGAAGAUGAUCGCGGGAGAUAUCCUGAGCAAGGAUGACCCCGAAACGAGAAUUAGCGCAGGAAUUUUCUUCAAUGUUGACGAUGCAGAGGCGCAUGACUGUUUCGUCACCUAUGAAGUAUUCGUAAAUCAAUAUUGGCCUCAUUUCCCGCAGAAUCUCACUAAGAAUCUUAACCCGUGGUUGGUUUUCAGCGAAUUCAUGGGGAUCGUCAAAGGGUCCGAACAUGCGCUGACUUGUCCUGACGGAAUUCUCGAUCGCCCAAACUACCUUCGUCUUCCUCAUCGUUCCAACCCGAAUUUUGCGAAUCAGAGGGGAAUUCUGUAUGACAUCUUCGAGACUUACACAAAAAUCAAGAGGCAGCGACGUCAUCAUGAUGUUGCAGACCGCACACAUGCGAUACUCAAGGUCUUGCGGAGCCAAAAGUUCCCCGGCAAACAGAUCGAUUAUCUAUAUGUCGACGAAGCGCAAGACAAUCUUCUGAUCGACGCACUCUUUUUAAGGCAACUGUGCAGGAAUCCAGACGGUUUGUUCUGGGCUGGAGACACCGCACAGACGAUCUCUGCAGGGAGUUCCUUCAGGUUCGAUGAUCUCAAAGCGUUUCUAUACCGUGUGGAGCAGCAGCAAAAUUUCUCGGUCAAUUCCGCUGGACCAUAUCUUCAUCAGCCCACUAUGUUUCAAUUAGCGAUCAACUACAGAUCGCAUGGUGGCAUCGUCAACUGUGCCCAUUCUGUGAUCGAACUCAUCACAAAGUUUUGGCCCAACACAAUCGAUAACCUUCAGCCAGAAAAAGGGGUGGUUGACGGGCUGAAACCUGUAUUUUUUACUGGUUGGGAUAAAGACACCGUUCGUUAUGAACAGUUCUUGUUCGGGGCGAGUGGUAGUCACAUUGAGUUUGGGGCCCAGCAGUGCAUACUUGUGCGUGACGAUGCAGCACGUCAGAAGUUGCGGGAACAAGUAGGCGAUAUUGGACUGAUUAUGACGCUUUACGAGAGCAAGGGCUUGGAGUUCAAUGACGUGCUAUUGUACAACUUUUUUGAGGAUUCCGCUGUAGAUCUGUCGCGAUGGCGCAUAGUUCUUAACGGAGUAGAGAGUGAAGGGCAUGCACCGAACUUCGAUCGUGACGAAGCGCGAUACGCUGGGGUUUGUAGCGAGCUCAAACUUCUUUAUGUGGGAAUCACUCGAGCGAGGAAGAACAUGUGGAUCGUUGACAAGUCUGAUAAAUCAGACCCAAUGCGUAUAUUCUGGACCUCUCGCAAUCAGGUCCAUAAUUGUACCCCCCUCACCGAUGUUCCUCAUCUAGCCGUCUCCUCAACUCCAGAAGAAUGGGCAACCUUCGGGCGCUCACUGUUCUCGCACAAACGCUACUCGCAGGCUAUCCACUGCUUCGAACGUGCUAACCUUCCUCGUGAGGUGAAGGUCUGUGAAGCAUAUCAACUGCGAGAAGUUGCACGUUCUAGUGUCGGGGUGGCCUUACUCAGCGACCAAAAAAGAGCUUUUAACGUGGCAGCUGAUGCCUUUACCGCUUGUGGUGCGGCCGCGUCAGUGAACCAGAAGCUCCAGUAUUAUCGUAACUCGGCGGAUUGCUACGUCCGAGGGGGCGAGGAUCUCAAGGCUGCUGAUGCCUAUCUCAAUGCUCAAGAAUUCGAGCAAGCAGCGAAGAGAUAUCGCAAGGUUGGACGUUUUGACAAGACCCUCCAUGUCCUCGAUGACCAUGGCGUGAAUAUACCUAACGAGACCGCGGAGGAGUUACGAACUGUGUGCAGACUCUUUUACUGCAGCAGGAACAACACUCAGGCUCCCUUGCCUCUCUUCUCGACAUUUGAGGAGGAACUCGAGUUUCUGGAGGACUAUGAUCUCGAUUACGCCCGUGCCUCACUACUUGAAUCUCACUCGAGGUACUAUGAGGCCGCAGAGCUCCACUUGUCAGAGAACAGGCCCCUGGAAGCUGUCCAAGCAUUCAUCAAGGACGACGACAAUGUCGAUUCUACUGUCCGUGCGGCCGACACUAUAUUGGAAUACCUCUGGCGCAAAUGUUCUUUUAGAAUCACUGCCAAAACUGCCUUUGUUGAUGAGCCAAUGCGGCAUUUCAUCGCUCUCGCUAAUCAGCUAGAGAUGAGCAAACUCAAGCCGGCGACGCGUGAUUUAAUAUCGAUGUUUCAGAACAUCUUGCGCGAAAACCAUGGGAUGUUGGAAAAUCUCGCGCUUGCCUUCGAUGAACAUAAAAACAACCCAGCGGCUCUCCUUUGCUUGGACCACGUCUUCUCUCGAAGCACAGACAUUCGAUCUUUCGCGGUCGAUGAAAUGCAACGGUUCCUCCAACAGUUUCAUUCUUAUGCACGACUGCUUUAUCAAAUUUCGACCUUUCCUGACCCCGUGGAGCAUCGCGGUAUUCAGAGACUGUUCUCCAUCGUGCGGUUGUCCGGUGACGAGUUUGUCAUACCAGAUGGAACGUUCCUCCACCGCUGUGUGACGGAAAUCCGCCAAGGCAUCACUUUAGUUUCGGAACAUCCAUCCGGGUACACAGCCUCUCGCAGAAAUGUUACGCAGCUGCUACAACUAUCCAUUCGAACUGUUUUGAAAGAAAAAGUGUCGGAGAUCGAUGCUAUGUGUUGCACAUCCCCCGUUUUCUCGCAAUGCCUACCAUUCUUGGUUUCUGGAGUAUGUCGAAGAGAUAACUGUCCCCAAGAGCAUGUCGCGAUAUCGAAAUUGGAUCGCUUGUAUUACAACAACCGUGUUGCCAUCCACAUCUGGCAGAUUCUCAUCUUGCAAUUCAUGUAUUCCGCUCAUCCAUACAUGGAACGACGCGAUAGCAUGAGGGACUGGCUCACUCAUCUUUACGAGGCUCUUAAUCCACCCUUCUUCAUUCAAGGUUCUCCCGCGGACCUUGAUAUGAGCCUAAUGCCUUUUCGUCUAGAUGGUAUGAAAGUGGUGAAACUCUGGAUCCGCGAAUCCUUCUAUUCGCUUGACCCGUUCUGGACUAACUCUCAGUUUUUGACGGCUGUGAUGAGGAUCACUAGUUUGAGUUUUGCGUUUGACAGAAACGACGCAUCUAGCUACAUCUCUCGGGCAAAAUGUAUGGUCUCCAGGCCGGCGGAGCUCAUUCGCAGAGGAGACAAUCGCUAUAUGCUCAAGGACCUGCUCAAUUCUUACCAAGGAGCUAUCUGCAGCAGCGUCUCGUCGGGAAUUCUGUUUCUUCUCCAUGUCCUCGACAACCGUUUGUACACCAACCUCUCUGUGCUGUGCGAUUGCAUCGAGGACGUCUGCAGUGCUUUUAUAAUUAAGUAUCGAAUGGACCCAGGAUUUAAUGACUUCCCCCUCCACGGCGUCGUCCUUCCAUGCAACUGGCUGCUGUCUCCCCACAAAUUUACGGCAGAGAAAGAGACUAGGAUGGUUUUGAUGGACUACCUCCUGAAUGAGAUAGCGAGGCUGGUCGAAGCAUUGCGUGUGGAGGCCGGCAUGGAAUUCCUCUGGAUGAACCAUACAAAACUUACGCCCAUUCUCCGUAAUAUCUUCAUUUCCCGGAUCUGCAGAGUUCUCUGCCUUCUUGCUCAUAAUACCAGGAAUCGCUUCUUGAAAGACAAAGUAGACAAGAUCAUGCUUUCCCUGCACAAGAACAGCCCUCCUUCGAAUUGGCGUACAGCCAACUAUCGAAAAAUCGUGGAUGACGUGGUCAAGUACAUGACACCCUUGCCAGGACGGCCGCCUACCUUAGACGGUUACGUGCGAGCUCUCCUAGCUUUCGACAACAACAUAGGAGUGAACAAUUUGGUGCACCUUGUCCACAAAACGAUGGACCAGCGUACCCGAGGCUAUACAGUUCGUCGGCUCGUAUUCGAGAAGGUCACCGAGAUUCCCCAUCUCCUUUCAUCAUAUGCAGUAAUCGCACAGUCUACUCUGAGAGUGGAGGCCCCGACCUUUGUGCCUCGCUUAGAGCAUUCCAAGGACCAACCAGAGGUUACGCAGCACGAUGAGAAAGAGAUGACGGAACCGCAACCUCAAGAGUUCGACGGAGAAGACGAAAAGGAGGAGGAUGUCGUGGCGAAUGUUGAUGCCGAGACCCGUGAUGCGUCGGAGAGGUUGGAUGAGGCGGUGACGUCGCUUGCGCCUGAUCUCGAUGAGUCGCUGCGCUCUAACGGACCAUCAGUGGCGGAAGAAAAGGCAGCUUGCGAUAUUCAGAACACAUACCGCCGUUACGUUCGACGUCGCUCGAGUCGUGCAGUGAAUGCCGAAAUCGAUGCGAUAUUCAUGACAUGCCUGAAGGAGACGCAGUCCUCUGAAUGGCGUCCGGGUCAUUACAGCUUCCUUUUCCUUGGACCAUUGCCUCACCUUCUGCUGUGCCUGGAACGAGGCAUUGCAUUGACUCGCGCUGCCAAAGCGAAGACGAAAGGCCUUCUCAACAAAGAGUCUCAUGAAAAGCUUGAGCAGUUGGGCCGGCAGAGAAGCGAGAUCGCAAAGCUCCUCAAGGAGGGAUCGAAAUUGCGCAAGCAGCUAGAACCUUCCUCGCCGGCCCAUCGUUCCCGUGACAUUGAUGCUCUCAAACGUGCAGUUCUAGAGGUCAAGGAAUUCAUGCAGAGGGUUCCCAGCAAUAUGCAGGAUAUGCAAUCCGAGUUUCAAGUGGCCUAUAAGGGAAUUGUCGCAGAGAAGAAGGUUCCGGUGCGCAAGGAGAAAGAGAGACCCGUUCUCAAUGUCGAGGAUAUCGACGACUAUUAAGAUAUUGCUUAGGUUGUGAAGAGGCGAGACCGCUAUCUCAUCGUGUAACAAAACAUUGUACAGUACGUAUUCCCGUAAUAAAUGACUGUGGGCGAGGGCAAACGAAGGCGGCGCGCGCCCCACUAUGGUUAAUCAUU